UGCCACUGUUCUUCUUUUCUCCCCUCUUCUAUGUAAUAAACCCCUUGCAGUCGCAGACCUCUCCACUCUUCUCUCAUCAGUUCCUCUUCCUCGAAUCUCAAACAUCCUCACCUUCGAUGAUCUGAACCGCCGAUCAGCUCCGCCAUGGAAGACUUGACGAAGCUCAUCCAGGUGCUCUCUGAAGAUACCAGCGGGAGCGAUCUCCCUCAGAGGCUCCACUCCGAUGCCUCCGCCAAGUCAGGCCUCCAGGCGUUCUACUCGAUUCUCCAGCGCGGCCUGGGCGUGAUUUCCGACGAAGAUAGCAGGUUCGGGUUCCAGUCAUGGACCGAUGCUCAGAUUCAGGCCGUCCUGGCGAUUGCCUUCCCUGCUGUAUCAGCCACUCGAUCCCUCUCAGUGGAAGAAGUGGAGCCCUUACUGGUUGCAGUGGUACAAAAGUUGCUGGAGUUUGCUGUUAUAUAUCUGGAGCACUCAAACUUCAACAGCGAUGAUUCGAGUAUGCAGAGUUAUUUUUUACAGCUCUUGGAGCUGUCAUUUGCUGAUAGUUCAGAAAAGUUAUCUGACGCACCACAACUUCUCUAUGUGGACGGAAAUCUGAACUCCUUGUUAUUUGCUGGAGAUUCUGUUGACGCUGAACUGGAUAAGCAUAUGAAGUGCAAUCUGCAAGGCUGCUCGAGGCAAGAGAAACCACUGGAUCAUCUCUUGAUGUCACUCGCUUCUGAUUACAUGCAGCCUGAGAGGCAGAUGCUAAGGCUAACUGGAUCUGGUUUAUGCCAGGAUGUAGACAGAUUGUCUUUCCUAUCUCAGCAUUGGGCAAUUGUUCAUAUUGGAUGUAUUCAGAGGCUCAUCCUUCUCUGUAAAGAUCUCAUCACAAUUCCAUCCGAUCAGAAGACUGCAGGAAACAACUUGCGUCGGAGACUCUCCCUCAGUUUGCGGAUUCUCAAAUUACUUGGAAAUCUUUCCCAGUAUGUCCCGUAUGUGGAGUAUGACUCAGCAUUGUUAAAAGCAUGUGCUUCAUAUGCAGAUGUAUUGCCUGGGUUGUUUAAUAUAAGGUUUGAAUUUGUAAAUAGUAGCAGUAUCAUUGAGGGUAGUUUUGAGAGCCUCGUUCUGCUAUUGCCGGAAGAAUUUCUUCACGUCCUCCAGAUUGUCUUCGGCAACACUGUGGUGUUUCAAAAUGUUCAAGCAUGCAUUGCAGCUUCUAUAUUGGACAAUUUGGCAACCAUAGAAUGGAGGUACGACAAGUCUGCAACUAAUGUAAAGCCACCUCUGGUGUACUUCCCUCGAGUAGUUCUCUUUCUGCUGAAACUCAUACAUGAAGUCAGUGGACGGACAUAUCAGGCUUUUGAUUGGAAAGACAGUCUUAGAGAACCUAUAAGCAGCUGCGAUGGUAUACUGGGUGAUGCCCCUUCAUGUAGUGUUCACUCUGAGAAGGUUCGUUUGCUUGAAAAAUAUACAGUGGAGGAUCUGAUGAAAUUGAUAUUUCCAGAAUCGAGGCCGUGGCUGAAUAGUCUUAUUCAUCUCAUAUUUUUCCUUUUCUCGGAAGGAGUGAAGUCAGGGCAAAAAAUAGAAAGGUCCUAUUCCAGCUGUGCAAGGACUAGCUGUCCUGCUGAAGUGGAUAAUGCUGCAAGCCAUGAAGAGGAAGCACUCUUUGGGGACCUUUUUUCUGAAGGGGGUCGAUCUGCAAGUUCUACUGAUGAUCAGUUGCCUGGUGUUGUCGCUUCUGUUUCCAGCAAUUCCAAUACGUCAGCUGAAGCAGCUUCUGAGAUUUUGAAUUUUCUGAAAGGCUAUAUUUUCUCUCCUGAGUGGCAUCUGUCUGUUUAUAGCGAUGCCUGCAAGAGGCUUGAUCGAGAUCACAUUGAUAUCUUGCUUUCCAUUAUCGAUGGUCAGGGCAGUGAUCCAUUGGAUAGCACUCCCGGUAGCUCUGAUGUACCUCAGGUGGAAAAGAAGAUUGGGCAUGCACGUGAGCUUUGCUUUGGUUUGCUGCACAACCUUCUUACACUUCGUGCUUUGUCAAAUUCCCUGGAAGAUUACCUUGUCCAGAAAAUUCUGAAAAUUGAAAAUGGCCUGUUUAUUUACAAUGGCUGGACUCUGACAUUGCUGGUUCAUACACUGUUCAGCAAGGUUGGUUUGGAAGGAACCCAGCUGAGGACCAAACUCUACAAAGAUUUCAUUGCUUUUAUUGUUGAUAAGGCAAAGGCUGUUCAGUUGGGAUCUCCUAGCCUCAAAGAAGUGCUCCGAACUCUUCCCUCAGCUUUUCACAUUGAGAUCCUUCUUGCUGCAUUUCAUUUAUCAUCUCAAGUGGAAAAGGUAACGAUGGCAACUUCAAUUUUCUGCUCAAUUAAUGAAGUGAGUGUUGCCGCUACGGGUUUUACCAGCAUGCAGUUAUCAUGCUGGGCUCUUCUAGUUUCGAGGUUGGUUAUACUCCUACGACACAUGCUGUUUUAUCCACAAACUUGUCCUCCCCCGCUACUUUUGGAUUUGCGAACCAAGUUGAGAGAGGCACCUGCUGGCGGAGCACAUUUGUCAGAGAAUGCAAAUGGUCACUUGUCAUCUUGGGCGUCAGUUGUAUUGAAUGGGGUAAUUCGUUCUUGGGCUAAUGAGGAACCUUCUAUCAACUGUUUGAUCAACCAGCUGAUCGAUACUGUUGCACUUCCUGUAUCUCGGUAUAGAGAUGAUCAGUCUGUUGACUGCAUGCUCAUGGAUUGGAGUGAUGUUCGUGCAUCUUUGUCUAAGAUUUUGGGGUUGUGGAAGGACAAAAAAGCUGAGUCAGUUGAAGACCUUAUUGUUGAAAGGUAUAUAUUUGGUCUCUGCUGGGAUAUACCGACAUUAAGCAAGCCAAUAGAUCAUCCGCAUUUCCUUUGGAGCAAACCUGAAAACCUGGACAUCUCUGAUAUUGGGCAGUUCAUUCAGUUCAGCCACAUGGUUUUAGGAGGCUACUUUGUUCAAGACGGUGUGCAAUUCUUGGGUGUUACAUUUUCGGUGCUUAAGCGAUUGCAUACUGUAGCUCUUCCAGGGAGCCCUGAGGAGAUAGACUGGAAUUUCUUUAGAAGCGGAAUGUGGUUGUCUUUGGCUCUAUCUGUGCUUAAUACUGGAAUUUGGGGCUACUCCAUGAAGAAUGAAGGCCCUGGAGCAAGAACUGUUUUGGCAGGAAAUGGUUCUAGAGAAAAUGAUUAUGUGAUUAGUGCUGUAACCCUGAUAUCCUGUAUAGUUGAGGCUGGCCAAGUUGCUGAACUUGUGAGACUUUUAUCUUCGAUACUGAAUAGAUGUUUAUUGGCCUUCCAGAAGUUCUUUGUUGCUACUUUCAGGAAGAGCGAGCACGAUGCUAGCAAGUUUUCACCUUUGUUGCUACUCGUACAUUCUGGAUUUGACAAGCCAAUACAGGAUGAGCUCCUUGAGAAGAGCAGGAUUAGUUCUUGCAUGCUUGAUUAUAUGAAUGAGCUCUUAAUGAAGCUAGAUGUAGCUGUUGACAAAAGGAGUGCUGGAGUCUUUUGUAAGGCCCUGUGGAACUUCAUGCCUCAUGGUUUUCCUCCUCUCGUUUCAAGUCCCAGUGCUAUCCUCCUUUCCUGCAUGAUAAACAUAAAAGAAAUAAUAUUUACCAUGGAUGCGGUUCUUGGAAUGAAAGAAGUUGGCGGAGAUUCUUGCUUAGAUGCUGGAACAGUUCAUCAGAUUGCACAGGCAGUAAUGACUGUCAAAUUUUGUAAGAUCUUUGGCAGUCUUCAUGAUAAAUGUGAACCUUUGCUCAGCAGGUUGAGGGGGAGUUUAGGAGGAUCUGUUCAUGCAGAGUUGUUUCUAAUGAAGCAAAUGGAAGAGUUCCUAAAAGAUAUCAAUGCUAGUGAAACCAGUGACAGCGACACUUUUGAAUGGCUAAUUGAUAAAUUUAUUGGUGUCAUGGAUAACCUCAGGAAAGACCCCUCAAAAUUUGAUAGUUUGAAAUUUUACCUUGGUGUGGACAUCGGCGACAGAGAGGUCAAGGAGACUUAUGGAUUGCAACAUGGCAAUGUGAUGGUUUUAAUUGACUCUCUCGAUAACUGUUACUCAGAGCCAGUAAAUGUGAAGGUAUUCAAUUUCUUUGUUGAUAUCUUAUCAGGAGAACUCUGCUCUGAUAUCAAACUAAAGCUUCAUAAUAAGUUCAUUGGCAUGGAUUUGCCAUCCCUGUCCAAAUGGCUGGAGAAGAGGCUGUUGGGUUGCGCUACGGAAGAUUCAGAGGGUGUUCAUUGUGUAAAAGGGGUUUCUGUGCCACUGAGAGAUACUACUAUGAAUUUCCUUCUGUGUCUUACAUCCUUCUCCAGUGAAUCGUCGUCCACUGAACUACAGAGUCAUUUGUUUGAAGCUCUGCUGCAUUCACUUGAUGCUGCUUUUGUGUUGUUUGACAUCCACAUGGCAAAAUCCUACUUUCAGUUUGUUGCCCAAUUUGUAAAAGGGGAGGCUUCUAUUAAGUUGCUCUUGGAGAGGACUGUAAUGCUGAUGGAGAAACUAGCGGGAAAUGAGAAUUCGAUUCCUGGGCUGAAGUUUAUCUUUAGCUUUCUUGGAUCUAUCUUGAGGGAAUAUGGCUCGUGUAAAAAUCCUCUAGAGAAGUCCUCUACGAAGUCCUUGCCUGGAACUGGGCCUGGAUCAGGUCAAGUGGCAUCGAAGCCAGUAGGAUCCAGGAAAAACUCAGAUGCAUUGAUGCUCUCUAAUAAUCAAGAAAGCGGAUCUGCAUCAUUUGACUGUGAUGCUACUUCUGUUGAUGAAGACGAGGAUGAUGGAACAUCGGAUGGGGAGGUUGCAAGCGUGGACAAGGAAGAGGAAGAUGAUGCAAACACUGAAAGGGCCCUUGCGUCCAAGGUUUGCACAUUUACAUCCAGUGGCAGCAAUUUCAUGGAACAGCAUUGGUACUUCUGCUAUACAUGUGAUCUGACAGUUUCAAAAGGUUGUUGCUCUGUUUGUGCAAAGGUUUGUCAUAGGGGUCAUCGUGUUGUCUAUUCUCGCUUGAGUCGAUUUUUUUGCGACUGUGGAGCGGGUGGUGUCAGAGGCAGCAGUUGCCAAUGCUUGAAACCUCGGAAAUUCACUGGAAGUAGUGCCGGACCUGUCAGUCGUCCCACUAAUUUGCCUUCCCUUUUAUCCUUGUCGGAGGAUGGAAAUCAGAUACCCGAAAGUGACUCUGAUCUGGACGAGGAUUUUAGUGCUGAUGGAGAUGGUUCACUCAGCUUAUCCAUUCCGAGGGACCUCCAAGAAGGGAUUUCAAAGAUGCUUGAAGAGCUAAAUGUUGAGGAGCAGGUGCUGGAUCUUUGUGUCUCUUUGCUGCCUUCAAUAACCAGUAGAAGAGAUUCCAAUCUUUCAAGAGAGAGGAAAAUCAUUUUAGGUGAAGACAAGGUGAUGUCUUAUGGCGUUGAUCUCUUGCAACUCAAGAAGGCAUAUAAAAGUGGCUCAUUGGAUCUCAAAAUAAAGGCAGAUUACACAAAUUCGAAAGAGCUCAAAACGCAUUUGGCUAGUGGUUCCCUAGUCAAGUCUUUGCUCAGUGUAAGUGUUCGAGGUCGACUAGCUGUUGGGGAAGGUGAUAAGGUAGCUAUAUUUGAUGUUGGGCAGUUAAUCGGGCAAGCCACUAUUGCACCAGUAACAGCUGACAAAACCAACGUCAAGCCUCUGUCUAAGAAUAUUGUACGCUUUGAAAUUGUACACCUGUCAUUCAACUCAUCAGCGGAGAACUACCUUGCUGUGGCAGGCUAUGAAGAUUGCCAAGUUCUUACGCUGAAUUCCCGUGGAGAAGUGACUGAUCGGCUUGCAAUUGAACUUGCUUUGCAAGGUGCUUAUAUCAGACGGGUCGACUGGGUCCCUGGCUCACAGGUUCAGUUGCUAGUGGUCACCAACAAAUUUGUCAAAAUAUAUGAUCUGUCUCAGGAUAAUAUAAGUCCUUUGCGCUACUUCACAUUGGCUGAUGAGAAGAUUGUGGAUGCAACACUUUGUGUGGCAUCUCAUGGGAGGAUGUUUCUUCUUGUGCUUUCAGAAUGUGGAAGUUUGUACAGGCUGGAAUUAUCAAAGGAUUGCAAUAUUGGCGCAACACCUCUGAAGGAAAUAAUCAAGGUGCAGGAUAAAGAAACUUGUUCGAAGGGCUUGUCAUUAUAUUUCUCGCCAACCUACAGAUUGAUAUUCCUAUCGUACCACGAUGGUACCACUUUAGUAGGCCAGUUAAGUCCUGACGCUGACUCCCUUGUUGAGGUAGCGGCUGUAUAUGAGGAGGAACAAGAUGCUAAGCGUCGGCCUGCAGGGCUACAUCAUUGGAAGGAAUUAUUGGCUGGCAGUGGGUUAUUUUGUUGCAUGUCAAGCUUCAAAUCAAAUUCUGCACUUGUUGUGGCCAUAGGAGCUCAUGAUCUGACUGCUCAGAACGUGCGUCAUGCACUAGGUUCAUCAGCACCUUUAGUUGGGAUAACUGCUUACAAGCCUUUAUCUAAAGACAAGAUCCAUUGUCUUGUUUUACAUGAGGAUGGUAGUCUUCAAAUAUACUCCUAUGCUUCCAUUGGAGUAGAUGCUAGUGCCAAUGCAGCAUCAGAAAAGAUUAAGAAAUUAGGUGCCGGAAUCCUCAACAACAAAGCUUUUGCUGGUGCAAAUCCCGAGUUUCCCCUAGAUUUCUUUGAAAAGACGAUCUGCAUCACUGCAGAUGUGAAAUUAGGUGGGGAUGCCAUCAGAAACGGUGAUUCUGAUGGUGCUAAACAGAGCUUGGCAUCGGAGGAUGGCUGUCUAGAGAGCCCCAGCACUUCAGGGUUUAAGAUAUCAGUUUCAAACUCAAACCCUGACGUCGUCAUGGUUGGCUUCCGUGUACAUGUGGGCAAUACGUCUCCAAACCAUAUACCUUCUAAUCUUACCAUUUUCCAGAGGGUUAUUAAAUUAGAUGAAGGCAUGCGGUCUUGGUAUGAUGUUCCUUUUACAGUGGCUGAAUCUCUUCUUGCUGAUGAGGAAUUUGUAAUAGCUGUUGGGCCAACACUUAAUGGCUCUGCAUUGCCUAGAAUAGACGCUCUUGAGGUCUAUGGGCGAUCUAAGGAUGAAUUUGGUUGGAAAGAAAAAAUGGAUGCAGUGUUGGAUAUGGAAGCUCAUGUGCUCGGCAACAAAUCUGUGCCUGUGGGAAGAGGGAGAAAAUUCCGGUCUGUGCAGUCAGCUUCUGUUGAGGAGCAGGUGGUAGCAGAUGGUCUGAAGCUUUUGUCAAGGUAUUAUUCACUUUGUCGGGUGCAGGAGUGUUCAAGAAUUGAGGAUUUGAAUCUGGGAGUGAACAAGCUCAAGUGCAAGCAGAUAUUAGAGGAUAUAUUUCAAAGUGAUAGAGAGCCUCUGCUUCAGGGGGCAGCUUCCCGUGUGUUGCAGGCUUUGUUCCCAAAGAAGGAGAUAUAUUAUCAAGUGAAGGACACGAUGCGUCUACUUGGGGUGGUAAAGUCUGUAUCUGUUCUUUCUGCUAGACUCGGGGUUGGUGGUGCUGUUGGAAGCUGGAUAAUUGAAGAAUUUACGGCCCAAAUGCAUGCAGUAUCUAAGAUUGCAUUGCACCGCCGUGCAAAUUUAGCUACAUUUUUGGAGUCAAAUGGAUCUGAUGUAGUGGAUGGGCUUAUGCAAGUUUUGUGGGGAAUUUUGGAUUUAGAGCAGCCUGACACGCAGACGACAAACAAUAUUGUUAUAUCUUCUGUGGAACUCAUCUAUUGCUAUGCUGAAUGCCUGGCUUUACAUGGAAAUAAUCACGCGGAACGCUCUGUUGCUCCUGCUGUAGUUUUGAUGAAGCAACUUCUAUUUUCUCCUAACCAGGCCAUUCAAACAGCGAGCAGCUUGGCUAUAUCUUCAAGAUUACUCCAGGUGCCUUUCCCAAGUCAAACGAUGUUGACUGCUGAUGAUGCCACCGAGAAUGCUUUCUCCACAGCUGCACCUGCUGAAACGGGUGGGACAAAUUCUCAAGUCAUGAUUGAAGAAGAUUCAAUCACAUCAUCUGUGCAGUAUUGCUGUGAUGGUUGCAGUACCGUUCCUAUACUGAGGCGCAGAUGGCACUGUACUGUUUGUCCUGAUUUUGAUCUAUGUGAGGCUUGCUAUGAAGUAUUAGGUGCCGACCAACUGCCUCCACCUCACUCUAAAGAUCAUCGAAUGACUGCAAUCCCCAUUGAAGUGGAUUCCUUGGGAGGGCAUGGUCAUGAAAUUCCCUACUCCACAGAUGAUACUGGUGAAUCCAAUCUGCUGCCUCCUGCAGCCCCCGUCAGUACACGGACUUCUGCUCCCUCUAUCCACAUCUUGGAACCCAAUGAAUCUGGAGACUUCUCUUCUUCAGCAGUUGACUCAGUUUUAAUCUCUGCAUCGAAGAGGGAGGUAAACUCCUUGCUUCUAUCUGAGCUUCUUGAGCAGCUGAAAGGGUGGAUGGAGACAACCUCUGGAGUUCAGGCCAUACCGGUCAUGCAGCUAUUCUAUAGGUUAUCUUCUGCAGUGAAUGGACCUUUUAUUGGCAGUUCAAAGCCUGAGGAUUUGGACUUGGAGAAAUUAAUCAAUUGGUUCCUGAAUGAAAUUAACAUCAAUAAGCCUUUUGUGGCCAAUACGCGUUCUUCUUUUGGUGAGGUUGCAGUACUCAUGUUCAUGUUUUUCACUUUGAUGCUUCGGAACUGGCACCAACCGGGCAGUGAUAGCUCUGUUCGCAGCACUAGUGGGACUUCUGAUAUGCAUGAUAGAAACACAUCUGUUGCUACCCUAUCUCUAUCAGAUGAUCAUGAGAAGAAUGACUUUGCAUCCCAAUUGCUCCGGGCAUGCAAUGCUCUCAGGCAACAAGCUUUUAUCAAUUAUUUGAUGGAUAUCCUACAGCAGCUAGUGCAUGUGUUCAAGUCUUCAGUGAAUUUCGAAAAUUCACACGGUACAGGUCAUGGUCCUGGCUGUGGAGCUCUUCUUUCAGUUCGAAGAGAUUUACCAGCGGGAAAUUUCUCUCCCUUCUUCUCAGAUACAUAUGUGAAGUCCCACCAUGCAGAUAUUUUUAUGGACUACCACAGGCUGCUCUUGGAAAAUACUUUCAGACUGUUGUAUGCCCUGGUUAGACCGGAAAAGCAGGACAAGAGUGGAGAGAAGGAGAAAGUUUACAGAAGUGCCAGCAUUAAGGAUUUGAAGCUGGAUGGGUACCAGGAUGUUCUCUGCAGUUAUAUAAAUAAUCCCCAGACUUCUUUUGUGAGAAGGUAUGCAAGGAGACUUUUCCUUCAUCUGUGCGGAAGCAAGACUCAUUAUUACAGUGUUCGGGACGCUUGGCAGUUCUCCAAUGAAGUGAAGAAACUUUACAAGCAUGUGAACAAGUCCGGUGGCUUUCAUAAUCCUGCAUCGUAUGAGAGGAGCGUGAAGAUAAUCAAAUGCUUGUCAACCAUGGCAGAAGUGGCUGCAGCAAGGCCACGUAAUUGGCAAAAGUAUUGCCUUAGACAUGGAGACGUGUUGCCGUUCCUGCUGGAUGGAAUAUUCUCCUUCGAUGAAGAGUCAGUGAUUCAGAUUCUGAAACUCAUAAGUUUGGCUUUCUACUUUGGAAAGGAUACCUUCCAGUCCUUCCAGAAAGUUGAAGCUGGGGAGACAGGAUCCAGCUCUGCUAAAUCAAGUGCACAAUUCCUGGAUACAAAGAAGAAAAAGAAAGGUGAAGAUGGAAGUGAUUCUGGUUCGGAAAAGUCUUAUAUGGAUAUGGAGGCAGCAGUCGACAUAUUCACUGAUAAGAGUGGUGAAGUUCUGAAACAGUUCAUUGAUUGCUUUUUGUUGGAGUGGAAUUCAAGCUCUGUGCGCUCGGAGGCCAGGUGUGUCCUUCACGGGAUCUGGCAUCACGGAAAGCAAUCAGUGAAGGAGACCUUGUUACUGUCCCUGUUGCAGAAAGUGAAGGACCUCCCCAUGUAUGGUCAAAAUAUUGUUGAAUACACUGAGCUUGUAACAUGGCUUCUUGGAGGAAAGACUGCUGAUACAAGUUCAAAGCCACAGAGCCCUGAAUUUGUGGACCGAUGUUUGACUACAGAUACGAUUAGAUGCAUCUUUGAAGCACUUCGUUCACAGAAUGAGCUCUUGGCUAAUCAUCCAAAUUCACGCAUAUACAACACUUUGAGUGGUCUUGUGGAAUUUGAUGGGUACUAUCUUGAGAGUGAGCCCUGUGUUGCCUGCAGCUCCCCGGAGGUACCUUACAGCAGGAUGAAGCUGGAAAACUUGAAAUCUGAGACAAAGUUCACUGACAAGCGCAUCAUUGUGAAGUGUACUGGAAGCUAUACCAUCCAGACUGUCACCAUGAAUGUCCAUGAUGCCCGGAAGUCUAAGUCAGUGAAGGUUUUGAACCUCUACUAUAACAACAGGCCCGUGGCAGAUUUGUCGGAGUUGAAAAAUAACUGGACUUUGUGGAAGCGUGCGAAGAGCUGUCAUCUUGCUUUCAAUCAGACUGAACUUAAAGUUGAAUUUCCGAUUCCAAUCACUGCCUGUAAUUUCAUGAUUGAGCUGGAUUCAUUCUAUGAAAAUCUUCAAGCUCUGUCCCUUGAACCAUUACAGUGCCCUCGCUGCAGUAGGCCUGUCGCAGACAAGCAUGGGCUCUGUGGCAAUUGUCACGAGAAUGCUUACCAGUGCAGACAAUGCCGCAACAUCAAUUAUGAGAAUCUGGAUUCUUUCCUUUGCAAUGAGUGUGGGUACAGCAAAUAUGGCCGUUUUGAAUUUAACUUCAUGGCCAAACCAAGUUUCACGUUUGAUGAUAUGGAGAACGAUGACGAUAUGAAGAGAGGGUUGGCAGCUAUUGAAUCGGAGUCUGAGAAUGCACAUAGGAGAUACCAACAACUUUUGGGAUUCAAGAAGCCACUGAUGAAGAUAGUGUCCAGCAUUGGUGAGAAUGAGAUGGAUUCACAGCAAAAGGACUCUGUCCAGCAGAUGAUGGUCUCUUUGCCGGGACCAUCAUGCAAGAUAAACCGCAAAAUUGCACUUCUUGGUGUUUUAUAUGGUGAGAAGUGCAAAGCUGCUUUUGAUUCUGUGAGCAAGAGUGUUCAAACACUUCAAGGGCUGCGUCGAGUCCUGAUGAACUACUUGCACCAGAAAAAUUCUGAUGGUGGAGUGGGUGGCUCAAGAUUUGUAGUUUCUAGGUCACCCAACAAUUGUUAUGGCUGUGCAGCUACUUUUGUUACUCAGUGUCUUGACUUGCUACAUGUGCUUUCAAAACAUCCUGCUGCCAAAAAACAACUUGGUGGUGCUGGAAUCAUAUCUGAAUUGUUUCAGAAUAACAUUCAUCAAGGUCCCAAAAAUUCCAGAGUCCAAGCUAGGGCUGUACUGUGUGCCUUCUCCGAGGGUGAUCUGAAUGCUGUGACAGAUCUAAACAAUUUGAUACAGAAGAAAGUCAUGUAUUGCCUUGAACAUCAUCGCUCCAUGGAUAUUGCCCUUGCUACACGUGAGGAGUUGCUGCUGCUCUCUGAAGUUUGCUCUCUCACGGACGAAUUUUGGGAAUCAAGAUUGCGAAUCGCUUUUCAGCUGUUGUUUUCUUCCAUCAAACUGGGGGCUAAGCAUCCUGCAAUCUCUGAGCAUGUGAUCCUUCCUUGUCUGAAGAUUAUUUCCCAGGCUUGUACUCCCCCGAAACCUGAUGCAGCUGAUAAGGAACCAAAGAAGUCUGCUCCUCCAAAGGAAGACAAGAAUGUGACCAUGUCCAAUUCAUCUGGUGCUACUGCAGGCAGUGGCAAGUCUGUUGCCGAAUCCCUGGAAAAGAACUGGGAUGCUUCAAAUAAGGUGCAGGAUAUUCCACUGCUAAGCUACUCAGAGUGGGAGAAGGGAGCAUCUUAUCUGGAUUUUGUGAGGAGACAAUAUCAAGUGUCUCAGGCAGUCAAGGUUGCAGGGCAGAGGUCUCGAUCCCAAAGACAAGAUUACCUGGCUCUAAAGUAUGUGCUUAGGUGGAAGCGACGUGCCCACAGGACAUCUAAGGGUGACUUGGCUUCAUUUGAGCUGGGCUCAUGGGUCAAGGAACUUGUUCUUAGUGCUUGUUCACAAUCUAUUAGAUCAGAGAUGUGCAUGCUGAUUAGUUUGUUAUCUGCACAAAGUUCAUCGAGACGGUUCCGCCUGUUGAAUUUGCUGAUGGGUUUGUUACCAGCAACUCUCUCUGCUGGUGAAAGCGCUGCUGAAUAUUUUGAGUUGCUCUUCAGGAUGAUUGAGUCGGAAGAUGCACGUCUUUUCUUGACUGCACGAGGAUGUCUGACAACAAUUUGCAAGCUUAUUGCCGAAGAAGUAGGCAAUGUGGAAUCUUUGGAGCGCAGCUUGCAUAUAGACAUUUCACAGGGAUUUAUUCUUCACAAACUCAUAGAGUUGCUCAGCAAAUUUUUAGAGGUCUCUAACAUUAGGUCAAGGUUCAUGCGAGAUAAUUUGUUAUCUGAAGUUCUGGAGGCUUUGAUUGUGAUCCGAGGCCUGAUAGUGCAGAAGACAAAGUUGAUAAGUGAUUGCAACCGACUGCUAAAAGAUCUUUUAGACAGCCUUCUGCUUGAAAACAGUGAAAACAAACGGCAAUUCAUCCGUGCUUGUAUAAAUGGUCUGCAAAUCCAUGGAGAGGAGAAAAAGGGUCGGACUUGUUUGUUCAUACUGGAGCAGCUUUGCAAUUUGAUCUGCCCUUCAAAACCGGAAGCUGUGUAUCUACUGGUUUUGAACAAAGCACACACGCAGGAAGAAUUUAUUCGAGGAUCAAUGACAAAGAAUCCAUAUUCCAGUUCCGAGAUUGGUCCUUUGAUGCGUGAUGUUAAGAAUAAAAUUUGUCAUGAGUUAGAUCUUAUUGGCCUUCUCGAAGAUGACUAUAGCAUGGAGUUGCUAGUGGCUGGAAACAUCAUCUCUCUUGAUCUUAGCGUUGCUCAAGUUUAUGAGCAAGUCUGGAAAAAAUCCAGUGGCCAAUCUUCAAGUACUCUCUCAGCAAACAACCUGUUAUCUUCUACUUCUGCAACUGGCCGAGAUUGUCCACCGAUGAUAGUGACUUAUCGGCUUCAGGGACUAGAUGGGGAAGCAACAGAACCCAUGAUCAAAGAGUUAGAGGAAGAUAGGGAGGAAUCCCAAGAUCCCGAAGUUGAAUUUGCAAUAGCAGGUGCUGUACGGGAGUAUGGGGGUCUGGAAAUUAUAUUGAAGAUGAUCCAGCGUCUGAGAGAUGAUUUCAAGACCAACCAGGAACAGCUGGUAGCAGUCCUUAAUCUCCUCAUGCAUUGUUGCAAAAUAAGAGAGAACCGACGGGCUCUCUUGAGGUUAGGGGCGCUUGGACUACUACUAGAAACAGCAAGGCGUGCUUUCUCUGUGGAGGCCAUGGAGCCAGCAGAAGGUAUUCUUCUAAUUGUCGAGAGUUUGACCCUGGAAGCAAAUGAAAGCGAUGAUAUCAGCAUCACAGGAAGUGCCCUUACUGUGAGCAGUGAAGCAACUGGUACGGGUGAACAGGCUAAAAAGAUAGUUCUGAUGUUCCUGGAAAGAUUGUGCCAUCCCCUGGGGAAGAAAUCUAACAAGCAACAGAGGAACGCUGAGAUGGUUGCGAGAAUUUUGCCCUACUUGACUUAUGGUGAACCUGCUGCCAUGGAAGCCCUCGUGCAGCACUUCAAUUCCUACUUGCAGGACUGGUGCGAAUUCGACCGGCUGCAGAAGCAGCAUGAAGACAGUCCGAAGGAUGAGAAUAUCGCACAGCAAGCCACUAAGCAGAGGCUAACUGUGGAAAAUUUUGUUCGAGUUUCAGAGUCGCUGAGGACAAGUUCCUGUGGUGAGAGAUUGAAGGACAUUAUACUUGAAAAGGGCAUCACUAGUGUUGCAGUGAGAUAUCUGAGGGAAAGUUUCGCAGUUGCUGGGCAAGCUGGUUUCAAAUCUCGCUCUGAAUGGGCAUCAGCUUUAAAGUUGCCAUCUGUUCCGCUUAUUCUGUCCAUGCUGAGGGGGUUGUCGAUGGGCCAUCUGCCUACACAGAAAUGUAUUGAUGGAGGAGGAAUCUUGCCUCUCCUUCAUGCUUUGGAAGGCGUCCCAGGAGAGAAUGAAAUUGGAGCGAGGGCGGAGAACUUGUUGGAUACACUGGCUAAUAAAGAGGGCAAUGGAGAUGGAUACUUGGAAGAGAAGGUUCGCUCAUUGCGCCAUGCCACGAGAGAUGAAAUGAGACGCUUAGCUUUGAAAAAGAGAGAGCAAACGCUGCAGGGCCUUGGCAUGAGACGAGAGCUUGCUUCAGAUGGAGGUGAGCGAAUUGUAGUGGCCCACCCAAUACUGGAAGGCCUAGAUGAUGUAGAGGAGGAGGAGGAUGGGCUGGCCUGCAUGGUAUGCCGAGAAGGCUACGGUCUCAGGCCAAAUGACCUCUUAGGUGUCUACUCCUACAGCAAGAGAGUGAAUCUCGGUGUUGGUACUUCUGGAAGUUCUCGUGGGGAGUGUGUGUACACGACAGUUAGCUCAUUCAAUGUCAUUCACUUCCAGUGCCACCUCGAGGCCAAACGAGCCGAUGCUGCCCUCAAGAACCCUAAGAAAGAGUGGGAAGGUGCCACCCUCAGAAACAACGAAUCUCUCUGCAAUUCUCUGUUCCCACUGAGAGGUCCCUCUGUUCCCCUUGCGCAGUAUGUCAGAUAUGUUGACCAGUACUGGGAUAACCUCAAUAAUCUGGGACGUGCUGAUGGGAAUAGGCUUCGUCUACUGACCUACGACAUUGUCCUGAUGCUUGCUCGGUUUGCUACUGGAGCAUCAUUCAGUGUUGAUUGCAGAGGUGGUGGAAGGGAAAGCAACUCCAAGUUUUUGCCGUUUAUGGUCCAAAUGGCCCGUCACCUUCUUGAUCAAGGUAGCCCUUCGCAAUGCCGAGCAAUGGCUAAAGCAGUAGGCGCAUACUUAUCAUCUUCUGCACCUGAGACCCGCCCCUUGACCCCGCCCGGCGCUCAGUCUCCAGGAGGUGGAGGGACUGAAGAGACUGUCCAAUUCAUGAUGGUAAACUCACUGCUGUCAGAGUCCUAUGAAUCGUGGGUCCAGCAUCGCCGCCCUUUCUUGCAGCGCGGGAUCUACCAUGCUUACAUGCAGCACACUCAUGGAAGGUCAUCUCGCGGGACCGGGGCUGGGACACCCACCAAAAACCCAAGCGCAGAAUCCAGGGGAGCUGAUGACCUGUUGUCUAUCAUACGGCCGAUGCUGGUCUACACGGGCUUGAUCGAGCAGCUGCAAUGCUAUCUCAAGAAAUCGACAGGAGCAGCGAUGGCCGUUAGAGCAGGAGGGACUUCAUCAUCAUCGGAAUCUGGAGGGGAAGAUGGUAUGGAGAGCUGGGAGGUGGUGAUGAAGGAGAGGCUGUUAAACAUGAAGGAGAUGAUGGGGUUCUCCAAGGAGCUGCUCUCAUGGCUUGACGACAUGAGCUCAGCCACGGAUCUGCAGGAGGCCUUUGACGUAAUUGGUGCUCUUGCUGAUGUGUUGUCUGGUGGAUUUACACGGUGCGAAGACUUUGUGAACGCUGCUAUCAGCGCCGGGAGGAGCUGAAGUCCGCGACUUUUUUAACUGGAAGAAAGUGUGAGGUGCACGACUUAUUGGGAGAGAGUAUUUAGCGAACGGUUUGUUGCGUGACAUAUGGAAGUUGUCAUUCAUAUUUUUUGUAAUCCUGUAUAGCAUGGCGGUAUCGACAAACUAUGUGAGCUUGAAGUCUUACUUCGAGGAGAUGAAUGCGAAUAGGAACUUUUUGUAUUAUAGACAAUGAAAAUUCGCACUCUCCCAGAGAUUUGUUGCAAUGCCUACACAUUUCACCCC